AUGACAGGGAAGUUAAGUAUUCUGAAGAUUCUGCGACAUCAUGUCUCGACCCUUGCUUUCACUGAUAUCGCAGAAAUCAGGGUUUUUGCGAAUCGGAUUCCUAGUAAUGACGCGGCAUCGCAUUCUUCUCAAGAUAUUUUUACCCCUAUGGUUGAACUAUGCCGCGAACUAAUAGGUCAUUUGGGGGUCCGACUUAUCGACCACACGGAUAAAUAUGGGAAUCAGCCACUUUACUUUUCACCCCUCCUCUUUUAUGACGGGGAACCAGCUCGCAGACCCGUGUCUUCAAUCAUACAGAAAUAUGGGACUUCUCUCUACAUUAUGACUGGGUGCACCAAGGAGUCCGACUUAUCGAUCACACGGAUUUCCUUCGCCCUUGAGAUAUUUUCAUAUUUCCUUCCAUCACAUUUUACCCGCCGUGUCCAUAAGUCGGACGGAGGAAUGGGAUCAGCCGAGUCUUCUGGAAGGGAGAGUGCAGCGCCAGUUCCUCCUCCAUUCUACAUUCCAAACGGCGGGCCCCUAAAUUACUUCAUUGAUUUACAGACCAAAAGAGAUCUAGACAACCGCCGGGAGGCCAUCUCUAAAAAAUGGGGUUUGAAGGAUAAUAUAAACAUUAUUACCCCGGGGAAUUAUGACACCGUUAGGUUUCCUCCCCCACAUUGUAUAGCUGUAUACUUUCCUUCUUUUGAAUUAGGGCUCAGAUUUCCUCUUCACCCGUUUUUUAGGGAGGUGUUAGAGUUUUUGAACAUUUCAGUGCCCGAGUUAUACCCAAACGCCUGGGGUUGUAUGGUGGCCUUUUUGAUCCUAUGCAAAGUUUUGGCCGUGCCACCAACACUCACAGCUUUUAGAUAUAUAUUCAGAGCCCGCCUAUGUAAUUCGCAAUCAUACGGCUGUGGCUGGAUUACUUUCACACACCGUCGAGGACUGAAGAUAGUCCAAGACCUCCCCGAUAACCAGAAGGGGUAUAGGACGAAAUUUGCAUUUUUGUAUAACUCAGAGGGAUGGAACAUCAAGACCUCUUUUGACAUUAAACCCAACCUCGCGGGUUUUAAUAAUGGGAUCCCGCAGUGUUCUUUUAGUGACGCGGUGAUCAUAGAGUACGCAAAGAUGGACGUUCAAUUGGGAAGGAAACCAAUGAACGUCCAACUUAAUUGGAUACCUGGUCGCCCUGAGUUGGAGAACGAGAACCUCCUCUCGUCAUUCGGCAUCAGCUUGGCUAUCGAUCGGAGGAUAGCCAAGGAGAAUCUUCGAGCAAAGAGUCCGGAGCUGAUGAAGAAAUUCAGCGUUCUAAGACUUGCUCAAGGGGCCAUACAGCGACCCGAGGAUAAGCCUCUUCCCCUUCCUCCGAAGGACUCGGCGACUGUAGAGAAGGGUCUGGAGGACGUGCCCUCAGAGCAAGAGGCUCUCCGACUUCUCGAAGAGAGAAAACAAAUUCACAUCCCCGAUGAAUCUGAGAGGGUGAUUCCUCCACAGACAAGGGGGGUGAAAAAGAGUGGGAAGAAGAAGAGGAAGCGGGAUUCUUCUUCCCGCAAGGAGAGCUCGGCCAAGAGGCCCUCUGUGGGUACGAUCCCUACGGCCGUACCUCUCCGCAUAGGUUCGGUUGAGGAGGAGGCGUCUCCCCCUUCGGACUCUCCACGGCCGGCUUCGAACAAGGGGAAAGAGAAGGUGGGGGAGUCUUCCGCGGCUCCCUCAUCACAAUUCGCUGAGGUUUAUCGUCGUCGGGAAGUUUUCCCUUUUCGACACGAGACACCCUUUCCGGAGUUGGGGCAUAAGGGCUUAGUUGUUCGUUUUAACAGGGCGACGUCCAACUUAAUCAGCAAGGUGGACGUCGACCUACUAGAAUCCAUCCCCCCCCGUGACAGGGUGCGUCAGGCACAAGCUUCGGCGGCAGAGGCGUUCAUACGGUUGGCUUUUGAGCUCGACGCAAACCGUCAAAGUGCCGCGGACCAGGAAACCAUUGCCGCCCUUACCUCCCGCUGUGAGGAGCUGAAUGACGAAUUAUCAAAAUUGCGGGAGGACUUGCCGGGCCUAAAAGAGAAACUGGCCAAGUGUUCUGAGCUGAAAGAGCGCUUGGUCAGGACCGAACAAUGGCGGGAAAGGGCAAGGAAGCAGCUGGACCAGACCAUCGAGAACUUAGAUGCUGCUUCCACCUGGUCUGCGAGCCUCGGCCAUGAAGUCGGCUUGCUGAUGGAUACCCAUGCCAAGCUCGUUCAUCAGAACCAGCAACUUAUGCAGCAAGUAUCGACUGAUUCUGCCCACUUCAAGAUGAUCCUAUCCGCGGCUAAGGUGUAUAAAUUGUGUUUAACCAGGAAGGCCCGGAUGGCUCGAGAUUGGCUUCUUUCGGAUGAGCCGGAAGCGUCGAAGUUCCUUGGAGAUCUGACGGCGGAGAUGGUGAGAGCCGGAACCCUGAUCAGUGACGAAAAGUAUCGUUUGGCUGCCGCAGAGUUGGGCAUGGAUUUUACAUCUCUUCAGCAAACUGCUGAUCAGAAGGGAAGUGAAGUCUUGGACGGGGAGUCGGCGGUACUGGUCGACGCUGCUUGGGAUGCGGAUGAAAGGAGAGCCUGGUCCGAAAGGAUGGAUGCUGAGGCUGAGAGGGAGGCUCUAUGCCUCGACUUGGAUCAGCUGGCUCUCUCUUCUCCUCCGGCGUCAGAUGUCCCGGAAAACUUGACGCUCUCCAACCUGGAGGUUUUGUGCCUUGAUUUAUCGAAUCUUAUUAUUGACGAAGGUAGGAACCUCCAGGGCUUGUCCCGAGAGCUGUCCGAGAUCGGGGUGGAGCCGUUUAACGUUGAAGAUUAUGUAAGCUUCACUCCCAGUCUUGAAGAGGGAAGGAUCGAGCCUCCUCUGCCGCCGGAUCAAGACGUCGAGGCUUUUUUGGAAGAUGUAUAAUCUUGCAAUUUUGUAAUUUUGAUUUUUGCAAACAUUCAACUCUGUAUUUUGAAUAUUUUGAUGUAUAUAUCCCUGAUUAUGGAGUUUAUUCGUGGUAUCCAUGCUUUUAUUCGUUGAGCCGUGGCUUCUCUCUUCUGAGGCUGCGGAAUAAUACUUAGAGGACGUGAUUUUUCGAUGUCACGCGCAGACGACAUCAAGGAAAUUUGUACUUAGAAUAUUUUCAGCCUUUAGACCCCAGUAAGGGGGUCCGACUUGUCGAUGUCCCGGUUGCGGGUUACCUUAGUGGGAGACUUGGGAUUUUCUUUUGAACUCAGGGACACCAAACUGGGGGUCCGACUUAUCGAUGUCCCGGUUGGGAAACAUCAUUUGGAAUAUUUUGAACUUUAGGGACCCCAAACUGGGGGUCCGACUUAUCGAUGUCCCGGUUGGGAAACAUCAUUGUAAAAACUUAGAAUAUUUUGAACUCUAGGGACCCCAAACUGGGGGUCCGACUUAUCGAUGUCCCGGUUGGGAAACAUCA